AUGUCUAUCAGUGGCGUCCCACAGGAAGCAGUGAAGGUGCUGUGGCAAGUGCACUGCGCGUCUCUUGCGCCCUUGUCAUACGAUGAGGAGGCGGUAAGUGAAAUGUGGCGACUAUUUGCAGGGUUUUUGGCUCAGAUUCCGCUGCAAGCUGCCACAACUGCGACAAGCCACUCGUUUCCAUCGCUCAUUGCGACUUUCACGUUUAAAGUGGACCUCCGUGGUGAUGUGCUGAACCAAGCGAUGCGAAAUGCUCUCGUCAGUCAGCCGUAUAUUGUCGUGCCAUUGUUGGAGUUUUUCAGAGCUGUGCUGAGCUGCCAGCAACAAGAGAGAGAACACCAGAUGGGGGCUGUCGGCUCUUGGCGCGUGGUUUGCUCCGUCGUUGGCGACGACACCUGCGCAACUUCAUUUGAUACUUUGGGUGCCUCUAUGCUUGGUCAACUCGUGACAAUACGCGGAACAGUUGUGCGGAUGAGUCCAUCACGUGUUACUUGUGUGCGAAUGACGUUCCGCUGCGGCGCCUGUGGGGUAGUGGUGGAGGCCCCAACAGAGGACGGCGUGCUGGUGUACCCGGGACAGUGCCGUGGCCGGUGCCGCGGGUACCGUUGGUCACCGCUGGUAGAGCAGGGAGAGUGUGAAGAGGUACAGGUACUGAAAGUGCAGGAACAGACGGAUGUCUAUGAAGGAUCUGCGGGAGGUGGAAGCAUCCAUAAGAUGAUGGCAGUGGAACUACGUGGUAUCUGGAUUGAUGCAGCAGCGGUGGGCGAGGCUGUCGUUGUGUGUGGCGUUCUGUGCGCCGUACGUGGUGAGGGACGUAACGGAGCCACACAGCAAAUUGCAGUACGGGCGUACUCUAUAGAGGGCAGCCGGCACGACAGUGCACGGGGCGCAUUACUGUCAAUGGACUCACUAGAGGAGAGCGGGCGUUUUUACGAAAUGGCGCGUCAUCCACAAUGGUUUGCGCGACUAUGCGCCUCGUUUGCGCCAUCUAUCUUUGGUUUACAACAUGUGAAGGAGGCGAUUGUGCUUGCUGUGAUUGGAGGCACAGAGCUCAAGAUGCGUACGCGCAGCAAUAUUCACCUCCUCAUGGUGGGUGACCCAGGUCUUGGCAAGUCGCAGCUGCUGCGCGCCGCGUGUGGCAUCGCCCCGCGGAGUGCCUUUGUGUGCGCCCACACGUCGUCCUCAUGUGGCCUGACACUUACACUCACGAGAGACCCGACGUCUGGUGAGACUGCGUUUGAAGCUGGUGCUGUUGUGCACGGUGACGGAGGUAUCACUUGCAUCGACGAGAUUGACAAGGGUGUCACAGAACACAAGGCGCUGCUUGAGGUGAUGGAGCAAGAGACGGUGUCGAUGGCGAAGGCCGGGAUGGUAUUCUCUGUACCAGUGCGCACCGCUAUUCUCGCUGCAGGGAAUCCUGUUGGCGGCCGCUUUGACGACACCAAGCCGCUAACCGCCAACCUCAACCUUUCCCCCGCACUCCUUAGUCGUUUUGACAUUGUCGUCUGCCUGCGUGACCCACACGCAGAGUGCACCCGAUCCCUCUCCGAGCACGUGCUGCAGUUGCACCGACGGCACGACGCCGAUGACCCGUAUCACACGGGUGGCAAUGGCAGUGGUACACUUCCAGUGGAUUUGCUGCAGCGCUUUGUGGCGUUCUGCCGCCAUCAUUGCCAUCCUUCCUUGCGCGAAGAGGCGAGUGAGGUGCUCAAGGAGCACUACUUGGCACGGCGCGCAGAGACAAGAGACGGCGAGUUGGCUAUUACGCCGCGGUUUCUUCAGGCUCUGAUUCGUGUAGCAGAAGCGCGCGCCAAGGUUGAGCUGAGGCAUGAAGUGACAUCUGAUGAUGCGAAAUAUGCCGUGGAACUGCUGCGGCAGUGCUCCGGAAGCUUAUGCGCCAGCAACCACAUGGCUCCACUCCGCCCCGCCGCUGCAAAGAAGGUAACCCAGCGGGAAAUGAUCCUGAACACACUAAAGGCAGAAGUCUGCCGAACAGGCGUCAAUGCUCUCCCACACCGCAUCGUUCUUUCGGCAUGUGAACAGGCAGGGUGUCGUAAUGCCAAUGCGAUGUUACACCAGCUGAACGAGGUGGGAGUUAUCCUCCAGCUAGGGGAUAAGUACCAACUUCGUGGGGUUUAG